AUGUCCGCCUUCGCAGAUGGGACGGCAGGCCAACGCGCUCGUGGUGGCGGAAAGCGCAACGGCGGCAGGGCUGCCGUGGCCAAGGGCGGUCCCUCGGGCAGGCAGUCGCAGGAUGCGGAUGGAGGCGACGAGGGGGAUCAUGCCGAGCCGGAAGCUCGUGGUGGCGGAAAGCGCACCGGCGGCAGGGCUGCCGCGACCAAGGGCGGUCCCUCGGGCUCGCAUGAUGCGGAUGGUGGCGACGAGAAGGAUCAUGCCGAGCCGGAAGCUCGUGGUGGCGGCAUACGCAACGGCGGCAGGGCUGCCGCGGCUAAGGGCGGUCCCACGGGCAGGCAGUCGGAGGAUGCAGAUGGUGGCGACGAGGGGGAUCAUGCCAAGCCGGAAGCUCGUGGUGGCGGCAUGCGCAACGGCGGUAGGGCUGCCGCGGCCAAGGCCGGUCCCUCGGGCUCACAGGAUGCGGAUGGUGGCGACGAGAAGGAUCAUGCCGAGCCGGAAGCUCGUGGUGGCGGCAUGCGCAACGGCGGCAGGGCUGCCGCGGCUAAGGGCGGUCCCUCGGGCAGGCAGUCGCAGGAUGCGGAUGGUGGCGACGAGAAGGAUCAUGCCGUGCCUGCAUGCCGUGGCGUUAACGAUCAUGAUGAGGACGAGCCAGCAGCUGUGACUGAUGGGAAAGGUGGACGUGAAGCUGUGAUUCCCUACCAACGGCGCAAGGCUGUGGAUCCGGGCAGUUGCGACCAUAAGGCGAGACAAGCUCGGCACGGCCCCAAUGUGCACGUUUCGAGCUCGUCUGGUUCCGAGGAAGAUUCGAGCGACAGUGAGUCGGGCAGCUCAUCCGGGAGUGAGGAGGUAUACGAGGACGAGGUUGAGGAGGAGGAGGACGAGGAUGAUGAGGAGUUGGAGCCGGAGAGCGAGAAUGGGGAGGAGGCUCGGCCUUUGAAGAGGAGGAGUGUGCGGAAGCUCAAGAAGGGCAACGCUAAGCAAAAAUCGGAGAGGGGACGGGUGAAGAUCUGUAAACAGAGUGUGCGUCGUGCCAAACCACAUGGCAAGCGCCAGAGACCUCGAUUCGAAGCUAAAAUAGUGGGUGUGCGUAGCAAGGCGAAGCGGGAGUUGAAUUUUUACGAAUCAAUGGGGAUACGAUGUCCAUCAAACUCUCAUGAACGGCAAGCCGCGGACCCGUACGCUGCGUUACGCGAUCCGAUGGGUUCGGCUGGGAAGGGAGAUCAGAUGGAUUGGGGGUCAGCGCGGUUUGGCAAAGAAGCGACGGACCCGCCCCCCAACCAUAUGGGGGGUCGCGCGGUUCAUGUGAAGAACGAGGGGGCAGCGAAGCGGCACGAACCCUCGGUAGCUCCAGCAGCGAAUGACGGUGUGGGAGGAGGUGUGUGGGCGAAUGCCUUGGGUGAAUGUGGCGGCGGUGUGGAAGGAGCAACAUAG